AUGAGUCUUCCACCAGGGUAUAGGGUUACCGGUGAAACAGGGAACGUAUGCAAAUUGAAAAAGGCGAUGUACCGGUUAAAGCAGUCUCCUCGGGCAUGGUUUGACAGAUUUACCACCGCUAUGAAGAAGUUUGGUUACCAACAGGCCAAUACUGAUCAUACUCUAUUCAUUAAACAUAGGGCUGAAAUCGAGAGACUGCAGAAACAUUUAGCAUCUGAAUUUGAGAUGAAAGAUUUGGGCAGUCUGAAAUAUUUUCUAGUUGUGGAAGUCACUCGAUCUAAACAUGGCUUAUUUCUUUCACAAAGGAAGUAUGUCAUGGAUCUGCUAGCAGAUACUGGAAUGCUUGACUGUAAACCAGCUGAUGCACCUAUUGUUGAGAAUCAUAAACUUGGUGUUUAUGUGGAUCAGGUCCCAACCAAUAGAGAAAGAUACCAAAGGUUGGUUGGGAGAUUGAUUUAUUUAUCAUUGACACACCCUGAUAUUACUUAUGCUGUAAGUGUUGCUAGCCAAUUUAUGCAUUCACCUAGUGAAGAUCAUAUGGCUGUUGUGAUGCGUAUUUUGAGUUACUUAAAGUCUGCUCUUGGGAGAGGUUUAUUAUUUAAGAAAAAUGGUCACUUGGAUCUAAAAGGUUACAUUGACGUAGAUUAUGCAGGGAAUAUUACAGAUAGACGUUCUACAUCAGGUUACGUCACCUUUUUUGGUGGUAAUCUAGUUACGUGGCGUAGCAAGAAGCAAAACGUUGUGUCUCGAUCCUCUGCAGAGUCUCAGUACAGAGGGAUUGCCCAAGGGGUUUGUGAAAUACUAUGGUUGAGGUGGUUACUUGCUGAAAUUGGGUUUAGACCGAAUGCUGCUACAAAGCUCCACUGUGAUAAUCAGUCUGCAUUUGAAAUUGCUAACAAUCCGGUGCAACAUUAUCAAACUAAGCAUGUAGAAGUUGAUCGGCAUUUCAUUAAGGAGAAGCUGGAGCAUAAGUUAAUUUCUAUACCUUUUGUGCCUUCUUCAGAGCAGCUUGCAGAAAUGUUGACCCAUGCCGUGUCAAAGCGCCGAUUUGAAGACUCACUUGACAGGUUGGGCAUUACCGAUAUCUAA